AACAGAUCCCUCAUUAGCGCUUCGCCCUGGGUACGUUUGAGCGACAUAACGCGUGUGGAUGACGAGUAUGUGUUGCUUGGCAACGAUAGGGACGACUGGGAAUGUGCAGACCAGGCGUACUGGCUUACGCAACUACCCGAAGCUCGGGACAACACCCACGGUGUCUCUACGGCAAACGCGACGACAUCAACUACUCAACCCACACCCGCGCCAAUGCCCGCUGCAGUGUCCUUGGACGCAAGUGACGGCACGCUGAACAUACAUGGCGGUGGAAAUCCUAUCGUGGGUUCCGAAGCUCGUACACUUACGGGCUCGGUUGCGGGUUCGAGUACGGUCCCUGAAUCGGGUGCUGGUGCAGGCACGGGCAUUGACAGUGUUGUGGGUGAGGGUGGGGGAAGCGCUGCGAGAAUGCACGCGCAAGGGAUGGGUGUGGAAAGGAAUACCGGCUUGAGUACGGACACACUCGGACCGAUACCCAGUCUGGAGUUGCUGACGCAGCCGCAUCACUUCCGAAGACGGAGGCGGCGGAAACGCGCAGAGCAUGACAGUAUUGGCCUGAAGGGCUCGGGGAACAGUGAGCCGGCCAGUGGUAGUACGAGGGAGAAGGUAGGAAUAAGCAAGGCAGGGACAAGCGAGUCGACAGGCGUGCAGAAGACUGGGAAGACGGAGGAGGAUACGGGCGUCGGUGGCAUAGCGGUUACAGAUGUAGAUACAGAUAGGGAAACUCCGGCGGUGGAGGCGACUGGGGCUCAGGGCGGGGCAGAGGGAAUUGGAACGAACACUGGUCUGGAUAGUGAUAGUGAUGCGGAUGGGGAGGAGCAGGCAGUUGUGUGCAGGGAUAUUUGCGAUUACGAGGAUACGAUCUUUUCACGCCAGUGCACGUUGCUGAUGGCCCUGAAAGGCGAGGUGAUGGCGGCGGAGGAGGUGUUGCGCACACAUGAUUCGUUUUAUGAUAAGCUGCUGCAGAUACUGGAGCACCUGGAGCAGAGUGUGCUGGACCGGUCCUUCAGCACGUGCGAAGCGUUCGUAGAGGCUGUAGUAGAGGAGAGUCUCAGGCUCAUACGGGAGGAGGAUGUACCGAGGGCUGUAUCUGAGGUGCUGGACAAGCUGCAGAAGAACCUGGCGGAAUGCGUGGCGAGAUUAAGACCUGUGAGAGUUUUGUCCAGUGCUUCAAAGUCACAUUGUUCAGGCACCUGCUCAGCCAAAGCGGAGACGGAUGGGAAACAGGCGGCUGAGGUCGACUCCACAUCACAAG